UUCAAAUAUCAGUUCAUAAAUGGAAGACAAAGCCCAAAUAGUCACUAUGGACAUGUUUAAGGCCUUAGAGAGGAAGUUCAGAUUAAUGUCUGAAGAAAUUAAAAAUUUGAAGAAAGAAGUAGCAGACCUUAAAUAAAGAAAACAAACAGUUAAAGAAAUCGAGCAAUAAAAACCAGCCUCAAGAAGAAGUCGAGCUGAAUAGAAAGCUGAGGGAAGUUCCAGAGAAGACUUCAAGACGUCCAAGUGAUCUCAAGGAAGUUCGGACAAAUUUUAAAGUGGCUUGUGGAAAAUCAAAUAGAUAUCUCGGAAGGGCAAAUUUGCCAGCCAAGGCAUAUCACAGUGAUUGUAACUUUGUACAUGAGAGAAGAAAAAGGAAGUUGGAAAACAAAGAAAAUUCAAACUUUGAGGUUAAUUCAGAUAAAAAGACACCAGGAAACUUAAAAAAAGAAAGACAUUCUGUUGUGAGCAUUCCCCAAAAAUCUCAAUUUUCAUUAAAAUAAGCAUCUUGGAAAAUCAAGAGGAAGUUUUAGCAGAAUUAAUUCUUUAAAAUAAACUAAACAACACCGAAACAUCUGACUACCACAGCAACACCCAAAAAGAAAAAUCCACUACCUCCAGAAAACCCCAAAAACCUAAAUUCCACCACAUAAAGUCCAGAAUAAACACCCAUUUACCUCCUUCCGUCCCCUCAAAACCCAUUCUGAACCCUGAAGAGCACAAAGACCCCACUUCUUCGCUCAAAAACAACCGCUCAGGCUACAUCCUUCCUCACUCUGCUGUCUAAACCCCCAAACUCCUUCUUCUAAGCCACUGGCAAGGAUGCCAGUAGAGGUCUUC